AUGUCCUCCAUUGACGACACGAUCAACCAAAUAAAUGCUGCAAUAGUAUCAAUUGUUAUCGCUGUAUCAUUUAUCAAUUUGACUCUCGGUACAAUUGGCCUAGUAUUUAAUGUAAUAAUCUUCACCAGACCAUCGCUUCGCAAUGAACCAUGUUCACUCUAUUUUUUCUCGUCGACAUGCUUCAAUUUAUUUGUCAUAUUGGUCAUCGUACCGAUACGCAUUGCUUCCGAAGGAUUUAAUACGGAUAUCACAAGUUACAAUAUCGGAAUUUGUAAGCUUGAAUUCUUUGUCUUUUACGUCGUACGAACAAUACCUUGCUGGUUAAUUGUCUUGGCGUGUGUUGAUCGUUAUUUGAAAUCAUCGACAAAAGUACACAUCCGCCGAUUGAGUUCAUUAAGAACAGCGAAGAUAGCUAUUUAUUUUAUUGUCAGUGUGCUCAUUAUUCUUCAUAUUCACAUGCCGAUCUACUAUGAAAUUACGCGUACAUUUGAUGGAUACGGGAAUCUCAUACCUGCAUGCUAUGGUCAAACAGGGUUCUAUCUUAGAAAUGUUCAUCUAUCUGGGAGGAUACGUUCAGAAGUCACAUCUCGACGCAUAGACCGUCAACUCGCAUGUAUGUUGACUGCUCAAGUACUUGCCAUCGUUUUUUCGACCUUACCAUUCUCUGUAUAUCGACUGUACGCGUCAUUUACUGCGAGCUUACCAAAAGAUGCCACUCGACUCGCUUGGGAAAAUUUGGCUUUCAAAAGUGCAAGUGUACUGACAUAUUUUGCUCACUCGACAAGCUUUUAUUUGUACACACUGGCAGGUGUUUCUUACAACCAACCCAAAUUUUGUCCAUUGGUAUCAUGGCAAUCUGACGCAAUUACGUUGGCCAAUAUCAGCACUAUUGGAAAUCAUUCUAUUGGCAUAUUUAUCGACAAAAAUAAUAUAGUAUAUGUAGCUACUAGACGUCUCCAUACGAUUCUAAUAUGGCCUGAAGGAAAUAUCAAUCCAACUAAUAUCACAAUUGAUAAUUCUACCUUUCCAUUCGGUCUUUUUGUUUCAACUACAGGGGAUAUAUAUAUCGACAAUGGCCAGGCUAAAAAACGAGUCGAAAAAUGGACGAUGAAUGCAACGACGGGAGAACCUGUCACUGACGUCCCAAGCGCCUGUAUAGGGCUCUUUGUUGAUUCCAACAAUACUCUUUACUGUUCACUUUACUAUCUAAAUCAAGUUCUUAAGAAAUCGCUGGACAAUAGCGCAAAUAUAGUGAUUUUAGGCAAUGGUUCUAAUGGUUCAGAACCAGAUAUGUUCAAUCAUCCAUACGGAAUUUUCGUUGAUACGAAUUUUGCUUUAUAUGUUGCGGAUAGUUACAAUCAUAGAAUCCAAUUAUUCGAAGCGGAAAAAACUGAAGGAAUCACACUCGUUGGAUCCGGUGGAAAACAAAAUGUAUCACUCUCUUUCCCAACUCAUGUUGUGCUAGAUGCCAAUCGAUAUCUAUUUAUUGCCGAUUUUGGAAAUCAUCGUAUUAUUAGAGUUGGAGCCAAUAGUUUUCAAUGUCUCGUAGGAUGUUCAAAUUCACCAGGUUCAGCCUCAAACCAAUUAUUUCACCCAGUAAGCCUCAGUUUUGACAGUUAUGGAAACAUGUUUGUCAUGGAUUGGACAAAUAAUAGAAUUCAGAAAUUUCGUUUGGCAACUAAUUCUUGCAAUGUGUCCUACCAUCAACCAGACUUUUGUCCGACGGCUUCGUGGAAGCCAAACGCGAUAACAGUUGCAAACGCUAGUUCAAUUGGUCACCAGCUCUAUAGUAUAUUUAUUGAUAUUGACAACAAUAUGUAUGUGACAACGGGUUCCCGUAAUGAAGUUCAAGUUUGGUUAGCGAGACAAAGCAGUUCAAACGAAGUUCUUUCUCUCAAUAUAUCGCAUCCAACCAGCAUUUUUGUUUCUAUUACUGGUGACAUUUAUGUUAGCAGUGGCCUAACACAACAGGUAGAACAAUGGAGAUUAAACUCGACAAAUCGGAUUUCUGCCAUGAACUUCAAUACAGAUUGUUUUGGUCUUUUCGUAGACAUUGACGACAACAUAUAUUGUUCACAACAAGCUCCACAUCAAGUGGUUAAGAAGUCACUAAGUAAAUUUACAGAUAACUAUACGAUUGUUGCCGGUAACGGUUCUUCGGGUUCAUCGGCAAAUACGCUUUUCAGUCCGCACGGAAUCUUUGUCGAUAUGUACUUAAAUCUUUACGUAGCAGAUUUCAUCAACAAUAGAAUUCAGCUAUUUGAAUCGGGGUGUUUUGAUGGAAAAACUGUAGCGGGAAAUUCAUCUGUCGAGAAGACAAUUACACUCAAAAGUCCAACAGGAGUUGUACUUGAUAAGAACGGAUAUCUAUUUAUCGUUGAUCAACAACAUAAUCGAAUAGUUGGAUCAGGACCGAAUGGCUUCCGUUGUUUAGUUGGUUGUAGUGGUAGUGGCGGCUCUGCAGCUGAUGCAUUAUAUUCACCAUACGAUCUCCGCUUUGACAGUCAUGGAAAUAUGGUUAUAGUAGACAGGAACAAUGGACGAAUUCAAAAAUUCUUUCUUGAAAAACAUUCCUGUGUUUCGUCCUAUAAUCAACCGAAAUUCUGUUCAUCUGCAACAUGGGAUCCCAAUGGCACUACUUUUGCUUCGCAGGAAGUAGUUAGCAACGAAACUUAUGCAGUGUUUGUUGAUACUAGUAAUACAAUUCAUACAACUGAUCAUAACUCGCACAGUAUUCGUAUGUGGCUACAGGGUAAUGACGAUGCGACAGAGACUAUCACCAUUAAUUCAUCCAAUCCACGAAGUAUAUUCGUGACAGUUAAUGGUGAUAUUUAUGUCGAUAAUGGUCAAAACAAACGAGUAGACAAAUAUUCGGUGCAUAGAAGAAAUGGUAUGCCAGCUAUGAGCGUUAAUGUGGAAGACAGAUGCUUUGGUAUUUUCGUCGAUACUAAUAAUAUGCUUUAUUGUUCUAUCAGAGACUAUCAUCAGGUCGCUAAAAGAUCUCUCUAUGACGACGCAACUAGAUCAGUGGCUGCUGGAAGUGAGGAAAAAGUUUCUGGGUCAUCUCUUCAAUUGCUAAAUAAGCCUAACGGAAUUUUUGUGACAGCUAACUUCGAUUUGUACGUAGCUGAUGCGGGUAAUGAUCGAAUUAUGAAGUUUUCGGUGGGGUACAAAGAUGGACAGGCAAAAGCAGGAAAUGAUGAAACCAAUAAACUCAACUAUCCAACUGGAAUCAUACUUGAUUUUGAUGAAAAUCUAUUCAUUCUUGACAGCAACAACGGGCGUAUUGUUACGUCAGGAAACAGUGGCUUUCGCUGUUUAGCAGGCUGCAAAGGAAGCGCCUCGACAUCAAAUCAAUUGAAGGAUCCACGUAGUCUUAGUUUCGACAGUUUCGGUAAUAUUUACGUUGCUGACAAAGGCUAUAGUCGAAUUCGGAGAUAUCUUUUUGAAAAACGCUCUUGUGAUAUAUCUGACAUGAUAACCACCGCAAAUUCUGACAAUAUCGGUAAGAUUCGGUCACAACACGUAUUCACACCAACUUGUGAUAGUCCCGCACACAUCGGAUCUACAUGCAAUUUACCCAAUUCCCCAUGUGACCUGUUAAAACCAUGUCAAAACAACGGCACAUGUACAAACGAUGAAACAACACUGAAAGGAUAUUUUUGCUCAUGUUUCGAUUACUUUAAUGGUACCGAAUGCCAAUAUGAUCAUCGAUUAUGCCGGUCAGAUACAUGUUGGAACAACGGUACCUGUACAACAAUACAAAAUAAAACAUUUCAAUGCGUAUGUCUAGAUGGUUGGCAAGGAGCGCAUUGUGAAAGAAAAACCAAUUACUGUGAGAAUGUGACUUGCUCAAAUAACGGUGUAUGUCGAACAUUAUUAUUGAAUUACACGUGCGAGUGUGUCAGUGAAAGUUAUUCCGGUCGACAUUGCGAAAUUAUCUCAACGAAGAUAGUCAUUAUAAAAGUUGUUUCGAAAUCGUUCGCUUAUGUAGCAAUCCUGGCAAUGAUAGUUGUCGCUGUAUUCAUUGUUGUCAUGGAUAUUUUAAAAUAUGGCUUUGGAAUUGAUCCAGUUGCUGAAGAGCGAAGAAAACUUCGACGAGAAAAACAACUGAAAAAACGUAAACCUGUUGUUCAACAAUUUGUAUAUGUCAAUGCAUCGUCAUCGUCAAGUAACGAUCGAGCUGCAAUGGAGGCAGAAACAGCUGUUUGA